UAUCAAUCAUUAUUGAGAGACACUUGUGUUUGAAGUAUUUAAAAAGAAAGAAAUAAAAUUUAAAAAAAAAAAAUAAAGAAAAAUGGGACCAAAGAAAGUUAAGGGUAAAUCAGUAGACACCGUUGACGGGGUGGACACGACAAAAAUGAACAGAGAACAACUGGAGAUCUAUUCUCAUAAGAUUUUAGAAGAAUUGGAACGUGAAAGGGAGGAAAGAAAUUUUUUUCAAUUAGAAAGAGACAAAUUACGUACUUUUUGGGAAAUCUCGAGGCAUCAAUUGGACGAAGCACGCGCCAUUGUAAGGAACAAAGAACAAGAGAAGGAAGAACUUCAGGAAAAGCAUGAAGCAGAAAUGAAAUUGUACAAACAAAAAGUAAAGCACUUGAUGUACGAACACCAGACUAAUUUGUCCGAAACAAAGGCGGACCAUUUGGUUGCUCUUAAAAUGGCGCAAGAUGAUCAUGUAUCUCAAGAGAAUGAGCUCAUUAGAGAUAAAAAGGAAUUGAAGAAAGCACAAAAAGAACUGGAAAUGACUCGUUUGAAUGAAAUUCAUGAAUUGAAACUUCACCAUUCAGAGGAAAUAAGUGACAUAACAAAAAAAUUCGAAUCAGAAGCGUUAGAAUUAGAGCAAAAAUACGAGCAGAAAUUGACGAGUCAGUACGAAUCGUUAAUGUCGAAACAUCAAAUGGAAAUUACCGAAAUAGAGGAAAGAAAAAAUUUGCACAUUUUAAAUUUGAUGAAAAAUCAUGAAAGUGCAUUUACAGAGAUGAAAACUUAUUACAAUGACAUUACUCUGAAUAACUUGUCGCUUAUUCAAAGUAUGAAGGAACAAAUGGAAGUAAUGAAAAAUAAUGAGGAUAGAAUGAAGAAACAAGUGCGCGAAUUAACGAUGGAAAAUAAACAAUAUUCCACGGAAUUAAAUACUUUGCGGGAGAAAGUAGCCGAUUAUACGCGACAACUGAUUAAUUAUGAAAAAGAUAAGCAAUGCUUAUCCCACACAAAAAAAAGAUUGUCAUUGGUUCUUAAGGAUUACAACAAUUUAAAAUGGGAGAACGAAGUUUUGGAAUUACGUUUUGACAAAUGCCAAUCGGAAAGAGACGAGCUUUAUUCUAGAUUCGUAUCAGCUAUAUUGGAAUUGCAACAAAAGACUGGUCUAAAAAAUGUACUAUUAGAAAAAAAGUUAGAAAAGUUAUCGGAAUUGUUGGAACAACGCGACGUACAAAUUAACGAAGUUUUGGCUGCUGCUAAUAUAGAUCCUACAGCCGUCGUUAAUGUAAAUACAAAAUUGGAGGACAUGUUGAAUAGAAAAAAUACAGCGAUACAAGAUCUCCAGUAUGAAUUAGCUAAAGCUUGUAAAGCACACGACGAUUUAUUAUCGGUAUACGAAAGUAAAUUGCAAGAGUAUGGAAUACCGAAAUCGGAAAUUGCAUUUCAACCGUUAAGGGCCAAAAUGGUUAAUACGUGGACAGGAUCGGGACACGUUGCGGAAAGUUACAUUACAACGGAUCGAUAGAUUUAGAAACACAUGAGAGAACUACUUUUUUAUAUUAUUAAUUCAUUGUAAAAUAUAUAUCUUGAAAUCUCUGAACAACAA